GCGGCCGAGGCUGCUCGGAGGCUGCAGGUGAGCGCGCGCACGUGCCGCGGCUGCAGCCGUGCUUGCGUGCACGAGCGCCGGGCCGCGCGCGUGCCCGCGGGGGAGGCAGCCGAGAAGCCAGGCUGCGGCGGCUGUGGGACUGUGCUCCGCCCUCUCCUCACCGCGGCUGCCGCCGCCCCCGAGCCUCCCUGGGAGGGACCCGUGUCCCCGCCUGCCGCACUGCCAGUCCGACCCUCGGGCCUCCGCGGAGCACCCGGCCCAGCGCAGCGCGGACCUCGACAGGUGCGGUGACGAGGCGCCGUGCGGCGCUCCGAGUCCCGAGCCCGCGCGUCCGCGGCCCCGCUGCCCGCGCUCCCGAGGGCCGGCCCCCGACGAGGCGGCCGCCGGCCGGGCGCUCAGCAUGAACCGCGGCCACCGGCACGGGGUGAGCAGCGGCUGCCUGGGCACCAUGGAGGUGAAGAGCAAGUUUGGAGCUGAGUUUCGUCGGUUUUCACUGGAAAGAUCCAAACCUGGAAAAUUUGAGGAGUUUUAUGGACUGCUGCAGCAUGUUCACAAGAUCCCCAAUGUUGACGUGCUGGUGGGCUAUGCAGACAUCCAUGGGGACCUGCUGCCCAUAAACAAUGAUGACAACUACCACAAGGCGGUUUCCACUGCCAACCCACUGCUCAGGAUUUUUAUACAGAAGAAGGAAGAAGCUGACUACAGUGCCUUUGGUACAGACACCCUAAUCAGGAAGAAGAACGUGCUGAGCAAUGUACUUCGUCCUGACAACCAUAGGAAAAAGCCCCACAUCGUCAUCAGCAUGCCCCAGGACUUCCGGCCAGUGUCAUCCAUCAUAGAUGUAGACAUCCUCCCGGAGACCCACCGAAGGGUCCGUCUGUACAAGUAUGGCACGGAGAAGCCCCUGGGCUUCUACAUCCGCGAUGGUUCCAGCGUCCGGGUGACACCACAUGGCUUAGAGAAAGUCCCCGGGAUCUUCAUAUCCAGGCUUGUCCCUGGGGGUCUGGCCCAGAGCACGGGAUUGCUAGCUGUCAAUGAUGAAGUGUUAGAAGUAAAUGGUAUAGAGGUGUCAGGGAAGAGCCUGGACCAAGUGACUGACAUGAUGAUAGCCAAUAGCCGCAACCUCAUCAUCACUGUGCGGCCAGCUAACCAGAGGAACAACGUGGUGAGGAACAGUCGGACUUCCGGCAGCUCCAGCCAGUCCACUGACAACAGCCUCCUGGGCUACCCGCAGCAGGUGGAAGCCAGCUUUGAGCCAGAGGACCAGGACAGCGAUGAGGAUGACAUCAUCAUUGAAGACAGUGGUGAGCCACAGCAGAUCCCGAAGGCUGCCCCCGAUGCCCAGAGCCUGGAGUCCCUGACGCAGAUAGAGCUCAGCUUUGAGCCGGAGCAGAAUGGGUUCUCCCCUCCACAGGACCCGGUGCCUGUGCCCAGCAGCCUGGACACAGAGUCUGAACCCCGUGCUCCAGACCAGAGACUCUUAGAGGAAGACGGAACGAUCAUAACGUUGUGAACUGCCACAUGUGUUUGCCACGUACUAUAAAAGUGGCACAAGACUGACACAGGGGACCUCCGGGCCUUGAUGUCCCAUGGGUAAGCCUGAAGUGUGGCUGGAUGGGGGUGACUGCCGCCGACAGACUGCAAUGGUGCAUGUGUGAGGCCUUUGCUGCUCUCUGCAACACUGGAUGCUCUUCCUCCCUGUCUCCACCUGCUCUGCAGAGGUGAUGUUUGUCCUCUGUGAAGUCUGGUGUCUCCUUCCUUGGUCCACUGAACCUCAGUUCUUGGAUUCCCAACAUUGAUGGAUUCUGACUUUUAAAAAUGUUCCUCAGUUAAUCGUGACAGAUUAUUUUUUCAUGUGCAGUUUUGUUCUGUUUUCCUAUUUUCUAAGACUUUAACUAGCUGGCCAUGUUUAGGGGUGCUUCCCACUACCUGGAGCACUCCCUGUUGUCUCCAUCCUGUAGCUUCACAGUUGCAGGGUGCCUCAGUCCUACUGACUGCCCCUUAACUGUUAACCUCCUCACCCCCAGUCCAUUGGAAAUUGUUCCUGUGUUUGUGUGUGUAUGUGUGUGUAUGUGUUACAGUUAGUGUGUUCCACACUCUUCCAGUAUACCAGACAGUGUGGAUCAUGUUGAAUAAAAAGGACCCCAGGUUAAGAGACUAUAACACACAGGACACAUGUGCACUUUUUAUACAAAAAAAAUGGAGUUUUUCUUCCUGGGGAUUCUAGGGCGCUGUCUGCACUUCGGGAAGCCUGUGUCAAGUUCACCCCCGAAAGGGGUGUUAAUUCUGUGAGUUAUUUAUUCUCCUCUAUGUUCAGGAGGAGGGACCAGUGGUUGUCCUCCUCACCUGAUGCCCUUGUGUCGCAUGCCCAGGUACCACGAUCCACGUGUGGACUCAGACUGUCCUGAGUCCCUGAGGCGGACAGUUAUUUAUUACUUCACCUUGUGGUGAGGCAAGUGUGGACACCCCAGUUGUGUACUAUUACGACAGUGAAGAUCCCGAUGACUCCGGGUUGAAGGAUGUUUUUUCUCUAUAGUCCGAACCAACAGAAAUGAAGCCUUGAUCCAGUGAAGGGAGCUGGACUCAACGGAUACUGAACAUGUUACUGGCAGACCCUAGCCGAGUGACUCUCUGUUCAAUUCGCCACGUUCUUCCUCUCCCACAGCAUCACUUGCUGACGGUGUUCCAGCUUUGACACUGUGAGGGAGUUUUCGCAGUUUGGCUCUUGGGAAGGUACUGUUAGGUCUAGAAGGCUCAGUUGUAUUCAUGAGCUAAAUGGCACACAGGCUCAAGAUUGUAAGUCAGACUACUUCCACAUACUACCUCUCUCUCUCUCUCUCUCUCCCUCCCUCUCUCUCUCUCUCUCUCUC